AUGAGAUUAGACAUUAUGAGUGCAGCCAUGGAGAAGCUGCUGCUGUGUGUAGCUGUGCUCUGUGUGCCUGCUGCUUCCAUGCUGUGUCCCAAACGUUGCACCUGCCAGAACCUGCUGCCCUCAUAUACUGUGCUCUGUGCCAAGACUGGUCUGCUCUUUGUACCCCCCAACAUCGACCGCCGCACGGCUGAACUACGUCUGAUGGACAACUUCAUCACCACACUGCGACAUCGCGACUUCGCCAACAUGACUAGCCUCAUCCACCUCACCCUGUCCCGCAACACCAUUAGCCAGAUCCUGCCCUAUGCCUUCGCUGACCUCCAAGACCUGCAUGCCCUACACUUGGACAACAACCGACUGACGGUGCUGGAUGACACGCACCUGCAGGGCCUAGUCAACCUCCGCCACCUCAUCCUUAGCAACAACCAACUGCACAGCAUCUCCGAGGGAGCUUUUCAAGACUUUCUGGAGACACUGGAGGACCUGGACUUGUCCUACAAUAACCUUGUGGACGUGCCUUGGGAAACAGUGGCCCUGCUGGCUAGCGUCAACACCCUGAGUUUGGACCACAAUCUCAUCGAGUUUGUGCCUGAGGGCAUCUUCUCCAACUUGCACAAGCUGGCACGACUGGACAUGACCUCCAACAAGCUGAAGAAGAUCCCUCCUGACCCGCUUUUCCUUCGCAUCCCUGUCUAUGCUAAGAUGAAGGGUUCACCACUGACAGCUCUGGUGCUGAGCUUCGGUGGGAACCCACUCCACUGCAACUGUGAGCUGGUGUGGCUCCGCAGACUCACAAGAGAAGAUGACUUGGAGACGUGUGCGUCACCACGGGACCUGGCUGGGAAGUACUUCUGGACCAUUCGCGAGGAAGACUUUGUGUGUGAACCACCGAUGAUCACACGCCACACCUCCAAGAUGUUUGUAAUGGAAGGUCAGGAGGUGAGCCUGCGCUGCAGGUCAGUGGGUGACCCAGAACCAACCACACACUGGGUCAGCCCUGACGGAAAACUAAUUGGAAACACCUCACGGACCACCUGCUAUGAGAACGGUUCCCUGGACAUCCUGACCGCGACCGUAAAGGACUCCGGUGUGUUCACCUGCAUCGCAUCCAAUGCGGCAGGUGAGGCCACCGCCCCUGUGGAGCUGGUGGUGAACCCCUCACCACACUACAACCCCAAAGUAGAGCCUGAACCUGGACCUUCAGAUAUGCCCACCUCCAUAAAGUCCAACAGCAGUGGGGGGCAGUCACGCACUGAGCAGCGUGUCAGUGUAUCUGAGAUCACCUCAUCCUCCGCAACCAUUCGCUGGCCUCCACAGAACCACAUCCCAGGGGUUCGCAUGUACCAGAUCCAGUACAACAGCUCCACUGAUGACAUUCUCAUCUACAGGAUGAUACCAGCCUCACAUAAGCUGUUCAUGCUGAGUGACCUGGCUUCCUCUCGGGACUAUGACCUGUGUGUGCUGGCAGUGUAUGAUGAUGGUGUGACCACGCUAACUGCCACACGUCUGGUGGGCUGUGUUGGUUUCACCACCGAGCGGGAAUAUCGUCACUGCCGUCCCUUACACGACCAGUUCCUGGGUGGCACCAUGAUCAUCGUAAUUGGUGGCAUCAUUGUGGCUUCCGUCCUUGUCUUCAUCUUCAUCCUUUUGAUGAAAUACAAGCUACACAGCAACCACUACAAGCAGAAGGCAGCACGUGUAACCAACGUCUGCUCUCAGACCAACGGUGGCCAAUCAGGGGCAGUGCCUGGACCCCCACCACGUUCCUCCUCUUCUUCAGCCUCUGCCAGCAAGCCUUCAGCUCCUCUGGGAGAGAGGCAAGAGGGGCCCCAGGCCCAGGAAGGGGGCUUUGGGGGACCACUAAAAGGGACCACAGUGGUGGACCUAAAUCCAGAGUAUGGAAAGUCAGUGAAGGAGGAAGACUCCAUAUCGCAAUAA